AUGGUUCAUCGCCAACAGCGCCGGCUGGCCUCAAGGAUCUUUCGGUCCUACUGCACGACGUCGUUUGUGGCAGCCACGGCCCUGGCGGGCCUCCUCCCGGUCGAGUUCUUGGCGAACUCGUACGCCGAGGUUUAUCGGCGUACGAGGGACCCUGAUCGCACCGGGGGUGCCCGUCUAAGACCAGGGGCCGUGGAAAAAAUCAGGAAGAAUGCCCGUCGCAGAGCUAUAUCCCAAUGGCAGGAGGCCAUUGUGGAUUCUGCGACGGGUAGAUGGACCACCCACACCAUCCAGCCCUGUCUACCGGAAUGGGUAGACAGACGAGGACGAGGACUCGAGUUCCACCUGACACAGGUACUCACCGGGCAUGGUUGCUUCGGUGACUACCUGUGCAGGAUUAGUAGGGAGCAUACGACGGGAUGCCACCACUGUGCGGCCGGUCGGGACACGGCGCAGCACACCCUCACCGAGUGUGAAGCUUGGAUGGAGGAGCGCCGAGCCCUGACCGCAGUGGUGGGAGAGGACCUCUCCCUUCCGGCAUUGGUUCAAGCAAUGCUGGAAGGAGAGGAUAAGUGGAAGGCCGCCUCCGAUUUCUGCGGCGCUGUAAUGCUGCAGAAAGAGGAGGCGGAACGAAUCAAAAGGGGGGAGGCGGAGGAGGUGGACAGCACUCCACCAUCCUCCCCACCUCCCCCCCUCUUUGCAGAGAAGAACGGGAGGUAA